AUGGAUCUGACUGGCAAUGACUGGAAUAUGUUGGCCAUGUAUGCAUCCAUGUCGUAUGAGGAGACUCCAGCACGAAUCGAAGCCAUCCUGAAACAUGUCAAGCAGCUUCAGUGGAAGGUGUUCUCACCUUUAGACCACGGCUGGACUCCUAUAGAGCAAGUCCACAAGGCGGAAUAUAUCGAGUAUAUCAAGAGAGCUUAUCAUGACUGGCUAAAGCUCAAAGGCAAUCCAGACGGUGUAUUCCCAGAUGGAAGCGCUGUCAGAGAAUUUGGGAAUCUGCGGCGGCAGAAAACCAUCAGUUCUAUAAGUGCUGUUAAUCCGACUACAGUCAUCGUUGAAGGGACGCCAGUGGCAGCAUAUCAGGCAUGUCAGGUUGCAUUAACAGCUGCUGAUAUACUUAUGACGGAGGGUGAUUCAGCUGUUUUCGCUUUGACGAGGCCUCCAGGUCAUCACGCUCAUCCAGACAUUUGUGCGGGAUACUGCUUUUUCAACAAUGUGGCAGUUGUUGUCGAAUACCUAAUUACACAGUACAAGCAGAAAGUCGCAAUAAUAGACAUUGACUACCACCACGGGAACGGCACGCAAGACAUCUUCUACACCAGGAAGAAUCCACUCUACAUCUCCAUCCAUGGCCUUCCCGACUAUCCAUAUUACUGGGGCGCAUCAUCAGAGACAGGAGAAGGUGACGGCGAAGGAUACAACAUAAACCAUCCACUGCCGUUAGGAUCUCAAGAUCCAGAGUAUGUAGAAGCACUUAAAACAGUGCUGUCACGGUUAGACAAUCCGGAUGUGAUUGUUGUCUCCUUGGGUGUUGAUACGUUUAAAGAAGAUCCGAUAGGAGGCUUCUUUUUGACUACAGAAGGGUACUUUAAGAUUGGACAGUGUUUGGCAGCAAGCAAUGUAAAAAAAUGUCUGUUUGUGAUGGAAGGGGGUUAUAAUAUUGAACAUAUUGGUGUGAAUGUUACUUCGGUGCUACGUGGAUAUGAAGAUGGACUGAACUUAAUAUAA